GAUAUUGCGAGUCUGGCAGGAGGAUCUUCUGAUGUGCAUCGAGGAAGCGACGCUGGGAAGCAAGACCGAUCUACUGGAAAUCAGGGCGCACCGAGGGCUCCUGGAUUUAAGCGAGGCAUGCAAUCUGUUCAAGGAAAAGUUCUUUUUUGCAAAUGCCCUUGUUUGGCGUUUGAUUUCUGUACAGCCCGUUCCGGUUCAGAGCCGCAUGAACUCAGCGGAAACAAUGAACAGGUAAAGAAGAAGAAUGCUUUAAGGUUUGCACAAUUAUCAACGUAAGAGAUGUGAAAUUGUGAGGGAUCGCGCUUAAUAUCUGCCGAAUUAAAGCAGUCUCGGGAUUUAAUGGAGGGAUUAUCAAGCAGGAUGGAUUUCUUAAAUUUCUCGAGCGCAGUUAACGCAUCGCCUGCAUCUUUUCACAAUUCUUCGUUCUCAGAGGAAAGUAAAUAUUCUUUGGCUUCCAUUGCUGGGCUGGCCGUGCUGGUUAGUUUUCUAAUAAUAUUCACGAUUGUAGGCAACGUCUUGGUCGUAAUUGCAGUGUUAACAAGCAGAGCACUGAAGCCUCCCCAGAACCUCUUUUUGGUUUCUUUAGCGAGUGCAGACAUCCUAGUGGCCACCUUGGUCAUGCCCUUUUCCCUUGCAAAUGAACUUAUGGGAUAUUGGUUUUUCGGUAAAGUUUGGUGCGACAUUUAUUUGGCUUUAGAUGUGUUAUUCUGCACGUCAUCCAUUGUGCAUUUGUGCGCGAUCAGUCUGGACCGAUACUGGUCCGUAACGCAAGCCGUCGAAUAUAACCUGAAACGGACACCUAAGAGAGUGAAGUGUAUGAUAGUGGUAGUAUGGCUGAUUUCUGCCGUAAUAUCAUUUCCGCCGCUGAUCUCAAUGGACAGAAACACGGACAACAUUCUCCGCCCCCAGUGCGAGUUAAACGAUGAAACCUGGUACAUUCUCUCUUCGAGCAUAGGAUCGUUUUUUGCGCCCUGUAUCAUAAUGAUUCUCGUUUAUGUGAGAAUAUACCAAGUAGCCAAAACUAGGACUCGAAACAAAUCAGAGAAACAAGGGGCAGAUGGAACUGCUCACGUUGAGAACGGACUGAACAAAGUGAACGGGCACAAGGAGAACGGACACUGCAGACCGAUGCCUGGCGAGCACAAGCCGGCAGAAGAGGACGAGAUAGACCUGGAGGAGAGUAGCUCAUCUGAUGAGAAGAACAAGCAUCCUGUGGAUAGGAGCUCCAGGAAGGACAGGGCUAGCCGAAAAUGUAGCUCCAACUCAAAGCACUCCAGUCGUGUCUCCAGGACGAGCAAACAAUCCAUGGACCUCUUCACUUCCAAGCGGAGGAGGAGGAAUACAAUGUCGAGGAAGAAGAUCUCCCAGGCAAGGGAGAAGAGGUUCACGUUCGUGUUAGCUGUGGUCAUGGGGGUGUUUGUGUUGUGCUGGUUCCCAUUCUUCUUCAGCUAUAGUCUCUACGGGGUUUGCAGGAAGCCCUGUGAAAUCCCCGAAACAUUGUUUAAGUUUUUCUUCUGGAUCGGCUACUGCAACAGUUCCCUCAACCCCGUCAUUUACACGAUCUUCAACCAAGACUUCCGGAGGGCAUUCCAGAAGAUCCUCUGCAAGACCUGGAAAAAAUCUUGAGUAGUCUUACCUGACCUCUCGCCCCCCCGUCCGCCGGUGUGUUAAGUCAGAAACGCUGUGACGUUAAAUGAAUUGUGUGGUUCAGCUGCUGUCUCGGCCUUGACAAUCAAAACAAGACAAUUAUACGUUUAGGAUUUCCAUCUUAAAGGACAAUUCGAACUGUUUACCGUCACGUUUGCAGUAUUUUACUGUCAUUAAAUCACACGAUUGCUGGGAGAAUUCACGUCUCACGCUGAUCUCUGAUCAGAGGAAUCCCAACACCGUACAUUAUCAGUCAGCACGCAUGGCUCCUUCUCCUUGCGCUUUGUUGGAUUAGCCUGUGAUACAGGAUGUCUAGCUCACAACAGUCAUCGUCCUGGUGGCAGGAGGUGGCACCUGCUAGACCGACCACCAAACAGACGGGUGGGGGGGGGGGGGGAUGGCCCCGGCUCUCGAGAGCUCCAAAUUAAAUCUGCGUGUUAUCUCGCUGUGCCUGUAAAAAACUUAACAUUCCCCAGGGUGUUCUGAUCAUGGGAGGGACCAGGGAGAUGGCUGCCUUUCAAGCUGUUUGGCCGUCAUCCAAAGCUUAGCAGUGUGACGUCACUCAGCCAUGCCUAUAAUAAAUGGGUGCCAUUCAAUCGAUUGUUUCUUUUAAAAAUGAAUCAGGCUAUUUGGUUUUCAUCAAUACCACUAAAAAGUCUUGCUUUCUAAAUGGGCCUCAUUUACUGCAAUUAUGAUAAAAUAUUACAGCUAUUUUCCUGUUUUGUAUGUCGAUUGGUUGCUUUUUUGAUCUUAUGUAAUAUUUCAAAACUACUGUGAAGUGGCAGCCCUUCAAAGAAUACUUGAGUAUGAAUGAAAUGCCUUGUAAAGAGAGAUAAUAUUUAUAGGAGAUUUAUUCUGAUUUGUUUAUAGCUUGAAAUGCCGAUUUAUAAACUGAAGUAUAAUCCUAUUUUGAUUUUAAGGGUCAUAUUUACGACUUAAGGCUGCUCUAAGUGAAAUCUCUAAUAUUAUUUUGAAAGGAGAAAAAGGUCCUCGGACCUCAAUCUUGACCUCGAUGCUCAUAACUCUUGUGGUCUUGUAACUUUGAACCUUGUAAUCACUUUUUUUGCUAAUUGUGUAAUGCAUGUCAUGCAACAUAUUCUCGAAUGCAUGUCACACCAUGCCAGGUGUCGCAGGGAAAAUGGGACGUCGCAUGUAUAGUAUGUCAUUAAUUUUGGUUGUGACUCUUCCAGAGGGAAUCAUCCUUUGCAGUUUAGGCCGCGAUAAGCAUGGAAUUACAAGGCUUCCAUACCGUGUCGCACCGCGACGUUAUAUCCUGAAUUUGUCCCUUAUUGUAAGAAGUGUCUCUCAACCCGAAUGACUUAUCCAGUCAGCUCUACCGACACAUCAGUGUGCUGUUUUGUAAUUCUGUAAUAUAUCACAGCAAUGUUUCUGUUACGUACAAGAUUGUUCAUGUCCUCAGUGUACGAACAAAUAAACACGUUUGUCUUCUUUGAGCACCUCAGAAA